AAACUGCCAGAAGCGGCUCGGCACAGUCAUUGUAGGGAGAAGCAGGGAUCUACAGUGAGGGCGAACUUUGUUGCUAUGAAACUUAGGACUAUUUGCAAAAUAUUGUCAAAAUUGCCAAAAAACCCCGUGAAUCCAUGGGCUGGCCCUAGGGUGGGAGGUUUUUAGUUCAGUUUGCCCGGCGGGGGGCCUCGCCACUCACACUUUGUGACACUUUUUUUGUGUACUGGAAAGAAUGUGUGAGAGAGACAGUUAGCCGGCUAGCUAGUUAGCAGCUAGCUAGCUAGCCGAGGAGGUGACACGGGCGGCAAGCAGCGGGAGAGAACAAAAGAUUUUUAUUGUGAUUUUUUUUGGGAGGGGGGUGAUAUUUUUGGUUGUGUACUGACUCCCAGGUCCAUGCAGAACGUGUUGUUAGCACCACAAAAUGCCCGUUUUACUUUUCCUGGUAGACACGUCCGCGUCCAUGAACCAGCGCAGCCAUCUGGGCACUACCUAUCUGGACAUAGCAAAAGGCGCUGUUGAGACUUUUAUGAAGCUCCGAGGGAGAGAUCCAGCGAGCCGAGGGGACCGGUACAUGUUGGUAAAUUAUGAAGACAUUCCGUACGGGAUCAAGGCGGGAUGGAAAGAGAGCCACGCCACAUUCAUGACGGAACUGAGGAACCUGCAGGCCACAGGGCUCACCAGCAUAGGCCAGUCACUGAGGACCGCCUUUGACCUGCUCAAUCUCAAUAGACUAGUGACUGGCAUUGACAACUAUGGGCAGGGAAGAAACCCUUUCUUUCUCGAGCCCGCCAUCAUCAUCGCCAUCACCGAUGGCAACAAGUUGACCACCAGUGGUGGGGUCCAAGAUGAGCUCCAUCUCCCCUUGACGACGCCUCUGCCGGGGAGCGAGCUGACCAAGGAGCCCUUCCGCUGGGACCAGCGUCUGUUCGCGCUCGUGCUGCGCAUCCCAGGCCACGCGUCGGUGGAGCCCGAACCGGUGGGCGGCGUCCCGUCCGACGACUCGCCCAUCACGCCCAUGUGUGAAGUCACCGGAGGGCGUUCAUACAGUGUGUUCUCACAACGGAUGUUGAAUCAGUGUCUGGAGUCUCUGGUCCAGAAGAUCCAGAGUGGCGUGGUCAUUAACUUUGAGAAGACCGGGCCCGACCCUCCCCCGUCGGACGAUGCUCCACCCGAAGCGUUAAAGGCCGGCUCGCAGCCUUGGCAUUGCUGCCACAAGCUCAUCUAUGUCCGACCCAAUCCCAAAACGGGCGUUCCCAUCGGACACUGGCCCGUGCCCGAGGCCUUUUGGCCGGACCAAAACUCCCCCACGCUGCCACCCCGCUCGGCCCACCCGCAUGUCCGCUUCUCCUGCCUGGACGCCGAACCCAUGGUGAUCGACAAGGUUCCCUUCGACAAGUAUGAGCUGGAGCCCUCGCCGCUCACCCAGUACAUACUGGAGAGGAAGUCUCCACACACCUGCUGGCAGGUGUUUGUCUGCAACAGUGCCAAAUACAGUGACCUCGGCCAGCCCUUUGGCUACCUGAAGGCCAGCACGGCGCUCAACUGCGUCAAUCUAUUUGUCAUGCCCUACAACUAUCCCGUACUUCUGCCGCUUCUGGACGACCUCAUCAAAGUGCACAAGUUCAAGCCCACUCUCAAGUGGCGGCAGUCCUUUGAGAACUACCUGAAGACCAUGCCGCCGUACUACAUCGGGUCUCUGAGGAAGGCGUUGAGGAUCAUGGGAGCACCCAACCUCCUGGCAGAAAACAUGGAGUAUGGCCUGAGCUACAGCGUGGUGUCCUACCUCAAGAAGUUAAGCCAGCAGACCAAAAUGGAGUCCGACCGCCUGAUCGCCUCCAUUGGAAAGAAGGCGCCGCCCGAGUCCGGCAUCAAGGUGCGGUGGCGGGGCGGAGGGAUCUCGCUAGCCCAGCGCAGAGACUUCAUCCAGCAGCUUCAGAGUCUCUCAGGCGAUGCCCCGGCGCCACCCCUGGAGCUCAACCCGAAAGAGUUCCAGGGCUUCCACCUGGCACUUCUUAACAAGGGCUUGAAGCCUCAGAGCUUCCGGAACGCAUAUGACAUUCCCCGCAGUCACUUGCUGGACCAGCUUAGUCGCAUGAGGAGAAACCUUCUCAACACCACUGUCUGCACCCUGCGAGGCUACGACGCAGAUCAGCUCCACAGUGUCCCCAUCGCUCAGAUGGGGAACUACCAGGACUUUCUGAAAGCCGCUCCCCAGCCCCUCCGAGACGCCGACCCCGAGCAGCCCAAGCGCCUUCACACCUUCGGCAAUCCCUUCAAGCUGGAUAAGAAGGGCAUGAUGAUUGACGAGGCAGACGAGUUUGUGACGAGUCCUCAGAACAAAGGGAAGAGGCCCGCGGACAACAAUUUGACGGGCGGCGGACCUAAGAGAAGGCGCUGCAUGUCACCCUUACUACGACUAGGCCGGGCCUACACGCCCCCCAUUACUCCUCCAGCCAGCCCUCGACCCGCCUCAGACGUGGGUAAGAGUGACGGAGAACCAGACCUGAUCAUCAACCACCUCAAUCAGAACCAUUGCAGCAGCCUGGACCCAAGCUCCGACUCUGACCCCUCGGAUCCCGCCGACCCACAGGAAAACCACUCGGACUCGCAGCACGGCCAGCGCCGGGACAACGAGGGGGAGAACGGUCAGCUGGGUGAGGACGGGGAGGAGGCUGGAGCGGAAGUGAUCCUGGUGGGGGAACACUCUCCCCGGUACCUGUCCCCUACCGCUUUGAAGAAGCACAUCCACAGCGAGACCACCAAAGUCAACAACGAGCUCAGGGGGCUCAUCACCAAGGAGAUCAGGAAGCCUGGCAGACACUAUGAGAAGAUCUUCUACUUCCUGAAGCAGAUCCAAGGCACCUUGGACACUCGCCUCAUUUUCCUCCAAAAUAUCAUCAAAGAGGCAGCCAGAUUCAAGAAGCGUGUUCUGAUCGAGCAGCUGGAGAAUUUGCUGGAGGAGAUCCACAACAGGUCCAACAUGAACCACGUAGAUGCACUCUGACCGACGCCGUAUUCCCCCCCAUCCCUCUCCCCCAGCUGAACUUCUAACCAACCCACUAACAAAGAGGUCUGAUAUUUUUGAGUCACCACACGCACACGUCAGAUGUGUGUGUUCUCAGCCCGGAUGACGUGAGUACUUCCGCCGUUCUAUGAUGACGGACGUGACGGCUUCCCGUGACGUUUUGGACCAUUGGCACAAAUGGGUUGUGGUUUCUGUGAAACCAAGAUCACCCCGCCAAUCCAGAACCUUACGGAGCACUCGUAUGCCCUGGUGUCCCCGCCCUUUUUUUUUUUUUUUUUUUGCGGCACUUUGAGGAAAUUUGACUCUCCACAAAUACAAGCACACUCCUUGUUAAUGGGCCGACAAAGGAAUUGACAGGACUGACUGGCAGAAAUCUGUUGGGCAAAUUGCUUGCUGAUGAUCUACAAAGCGGACUUCGGUUAGUUGAACGAAGGUAACUGAUGUCUUGGAAGCAGCUCACUGGUGUCCAACAGGCUGAGUCUCAGACUAGUGACCAAAGAACAACUGAUGUCCGAUAAAUAACUGACUGUUGAUCAACCCACUGCUGACUGGCAACUGACGCUUGACGAGCGGUGUGACCGGUGAUCCACCAAGUGGACGGUUGACAGAGGGUAACUCGGGCAUGUCGUGGACAUUGGUGGCCAACCAACAUAUGUUGACUGACGCUAACUUAUGUGUCGCAAGCAACUUGUGGUCAACCGACUGGUGACUGACCGUUGACCGAAGGGCAAUUCAUGUCUCAUAUGCAAAUUGACGAUCUCAGACCAAUGGUCAACUAAAUAGUGACACGUGUUUGGCCAAAAUGGUGACUGCCGAGCAACUGACCGAGGAGUCGCAGACAACAAGGGACAGUUGACAGAUGGUAAUUGAUGUCUAGCCGAAAAGACUGGUGGUCAACAGACAGGUGACCAAUUGGUUGAGCAAUGGUAACUUAUGUCUCGCACGUUACUGACUAGUGACAAGCAGGAAUGUCUUAAGACUGGUGCUCAACUGACAGGCGACGGAUGGUUGGCCAAAGGGAAACCGACGUCUGACAAGCGGUUCACUGGUAACCAGUGGACGAGUGAAGAAAGGUAGUCAACCAAUGGGCGACCAGAAUUUUGACCAACUCAUGUCUUGCAAUCAACGAAUUCUCUGCUUUAGACUGAUGGUCAGUCCGUGGGUAGCAGACAGUUGACCGAAAAGUGUUUGGAAAUUGGAAACCAAAGAGCAAAUGAGCAGCUGGCAACUUCAAAACAAAAAUCAAAAUAACUGGUUGACUGGUGAGUGACUGAGACCAACUUCGCGACAAGGAGACAAUUGACCAACUCACGGUUGACCAACCGUCACCAACGGACAACCCAAGAGCAGACAAUUUGCCAACAGGCGACCGUGGAACAAAUGAUCGACGACUGACUUGUGUUAUGCGUGCCACUUUGUGAGCAGAAACAAACGAGGUGAUGUGAUUGUUUGGGGCUUGUUUAACAGGGACAAAAAGCUCAGGAAGUGACAUUUAAUCUUGAAUUCACAUGCACUUGUGUACAAUUGCAGACUUAUUUAAUGUCAUUGAAAAGAGUGCCUGGUUGUAGAUGUGAUUUUCUUUUGGGCGGGUUCUGAAAUAUCCAAACCAUACAUAAGUUGCUUUGCAAUUUCUUUGGACGGUCCCGAGCGCUCCAAACCACGCUAACAUGAUUUGCUUUGUAAUUUCUUUGGGCGGGUUCCGUGAUCGCUAAAACCAGGCAAAAAAUCAUUUGCUUUCCAACAUGGACCAAAAUCUGCCAUAGGUGUGUUUAUUUGUUGUGAGCAGGCUACCAAAAGAGUAUUUUGAAUACACUGUAAAGCUGUACAUAAUUCUAGAGUAAUAUUUAAAAGAUGAUGUCGUGGUGGAGAAAAUAAUAAUGGCCUUUUUGUAAGUAUUUCCAUGAAUAAAAGUCUCUAUUUUACACUGUGAACGGCCACCGUCUGAAUAAAGUCUUGCUAAAGACG